UUAUUUUUUUAAUUUUCCUUUUUACAAACGCUUAGAUAAUUUUCGAAAUCAUCGGUAUCGUUUUUAUUAUACAUUUUACUCGUACCGAAUUCCGACUUAUUCCCGAAAAUAUUAAGGUCAACAAUGAAGGUCGGGACUUUGAUGUGCAUAGCUGUCGUGUUCAUCGGCGUAUCAAUGUUACAGGUAAUUCGAUUUUUAUUUACGUAGAAUAUUAAUCAUUAUCAUAAAACGUAUGUUUCGUUUGUAAUAAAUAUAUACAUAUAUUUUUUUUUUGUGUUUUCGAUUCGUAGUAUGUGAAUGGCGGUAAAAAAGUGACAGACAAGAAACUUGAAAAUUGGAUCGAAAAAAAGGAUAAAGAUAACUACGAGAAGAAAACUUCACCGUAUGAACUCGAUGAUUUAAAAUCUGAACCUGAGAUACCGAAACACGGAAAAGAAUUAUUAGAUAUGUUAGAAGUCAUACAAUAUAUCAUCACCGAUGUAUUUAAUAAUAAAGAGUUCCGCAAGUUUAUGAUAAAACGGUUCUUGCACAAUUAUGUCCCGCAUGGUACGUUUUGAAUCCAACGGUUUUGUUGAUAAAUCAUAUCACGUUAAUGUAUAUAUAAAGAACAUUAUAGUAUUGGUCAUGGAAAAAAAUGUUAAAAAGAUUGUUCGACCAAAUAAAAAUAUACUUACGAAAAAAUAUCCAAUUUUCCCAAGACCAUUUGUCCUUCUGUUCAUAUUUUUAUUUAACUUUUUUUCUGUUCAUAUUUUCGAAUUUACUAUUAUCAGCUAGACUCAUAUAUUAUAUAAUCGUAGUGUUGACCAUCAGAAUUUUUAAAAUUUGUAUAGGUAAUAUGUGUAAAUUAAAAUACACGUAGGUAAUGUUUUUUUUUAAAAAUAUAGACGUGGAUUUGAUAGUAAACAAAAUGAGAAAUAAUGGAUUGAGAUGACUUAAAUAUACUAUUAGUAGAGAGAAAUUAGAAGCAGUAAAAAUGUUAACAAAAAUACAGAUGCGAUUGAGAAUCAUAUGAGGAUUGAGGGUGUAUAGUGUAUAUAUAGAUGAUGUGGAGGAUCGGGUCAAGUUGGAGUUUAGGACCAGGAAGGCCGACCCCUAAUAUUUGGAUGAAGGCGAAGGAUAAGAAAACAGACCUAGGUAUGUAUUUUAAAUAAAAUAUAUUGUACGUUUGUUGAAAAUAUCUUCAAUUAAAAUCAAAUUGAUCGAAUAUACGAAGUGUGUAAAUAAAGAAAUGGGUUGGAGGUUAGCUAACAUCUUUGUGCACUUUCAGUAUGAGUUUGAACUCUCUAGAUUAGUGUGUUAGUUUUUAGAUUGUUUUCGUAAGCUGGUAUUUUCUUGAGCAUUCUGAAAUUGAGUGACAAUAAAUUCGGAAUUAUUUAUUACUAUAUACAGGUAGUUGAUUAACUCGGCGUUGUCCGUGCUAAUUUAAUUUUCUCUUUCUUUUUGACUAUUUAAAAGUAGCGUUUAAAAAAAUAUCCUUUUAAAACCCGAAAUCAAUAAAAGAAAUUCAAUUUGACGAGUCUCCCCGUUUCUAAAAGCCACUUCCCAUUAUCAUAUGAGUAUGUGCAACUGUUAGCUGCAGUUAAUCGUGGUUACCUAAUAAAAAACGUAGUAAUAAAAACAGUAGAUGUAUAUCUUUAUUAAAUUAGUGACUCUUCUCAAAUACUUGCUUUACUAGUUGUAUUUGAUCUAUUGUUGAUUUUCCUAACAUAAAACCAGCUUGGUAUUCUCCAACUACUUCUUUAAUAUAUGGGUUAAGUCUGGUCAGUAGUAAAUUAAACAAUAAUUUAUAUGUUAUAUUGAGUAGCGAGAUCCCUUUAUAAUUUUUACACUCCAUGAUGGCUCCCUUUUUAAAUAAAGGAUUUAGAAUGGUUAUACGCCAUGCUUUGGGUAUUUUAUUUUGUUUUCAGAUUUUGUUCAGGUGGUUCAGCAGAACUUGGCUUCCCCUUAUUAGGCAUUCAUAUAUUAUUUCAUCAUCUCCCGGUGCUUUUCCAUUUUUUAGCGUAUCUAGUUCGUAUCUAUCUUUACCACUGUAAAAUACUGCCUUUCCUUGAGAUUUCAAGUUUCCUGAACAUGUCCAUCUCACUUCUUUAGCUACGGUAAUAUUCAUCCCAUAUCGCUCAAGACACGAUAGGGAUAUUGUCAAAGCAUUGUUCAAAGCCCUAUACAAAGAUUUCACGUUCUAGGUUCCGAUACUUAAGUCCAUUCAAUUUUUGAUCCGAAGCUUAGAUUGUUGUUGUUCCUUGACAACUGAUUUUUUUUUGAGGUAGGGUUGUCAGCCCUACGCUCAACCCCCAACCUGGAUGGCCAGUCCAUACUAACUAGUUAAAGUUAGUGUGGGGCUAUUGCAACACACCUUGUUAUGUGUUGGGUGAUAGGCACGCUAUUUUCCUUACACCUAAAUUAUAUUAUGUAACGAUAAUGAUAUUAUGUUUGAUGAAAUGUCAAAUUAAAGAGGUGGUCCGAAAUUAUAAGGAACUUUUAUAAAAUUUACCAAAUUUUCAAUUAUCAAUCGUUACAUUUAUAGAAAUCUGUUUUAGAAUUAUUAUUAUUAUUAUUUUUUUUUUUGGGGUAACUAUUGGUUUUGUUAAUGGGCCUCUACACCAAUCAUUUGUUUUCUCUAUCUAUCUAGUGCCGUACUAUAGCUACAAAGAGGCAUUCCGCACUUUUUCGAUUGUUGACUCUAUGGUUUGUUUAGGGGGUUAAGUGACCUAUUAUAAUUUAUAUAAAGAAGAAUAUAUCUCUUAACCAAAUGAUUUUCUUAAUAUAUUCGUUUUAUCGAAAUAUGUACCUGUAAUUUGAUUUAAUUUCUUUUAAUUUAAUUUAUUAACAACAUAUUAAUAAAUACAAAUAUUAAAAUAAAAUUAUUCAAUAAAGGAACAUUGAAUGCUCUUUCUCUUAAAAUCUAUUUAAGAUGCUUUUGCUUUAGACUCAACCAGAAUAUGUUAUAUUAUUAAAUUAUAGUUAAUUACCAAUAUUCUUAUACAUUUAAUUCCAUAUGAUAUUAUUAAACAAAAUAUUUUAGUAAACUAAUAAUUACUUGAUAUUAUUUUUUUUCACAGCUACUGACUUUUUGAAAAGAAUAAAUAAAUUGAAAAUGGAAAUGGAUCCGAAAUCGGCCAAAAUAGAUGAACAACGGGAUGAAAAAAUGAAGAAUAGUUUAUAAUUUAUUCUCACCAUAAAAAUUUAAGUUUUAAUAACAUUUUUUGACAUACACACAAAAAAAACCUGUUACAUAAAAAUGUAUGUAUACAAAUUAUGUUUAAAAAUAUCUUACGCGUACAAACAAACAUUAUUUUAUAAUAAUCUUCUAUGAAAUAAUUGUAAAGUUAUUAUUUCGUUUUCUGAAAAUUACAUAAUUUUUACAUUUAAAGCAUAAUAUAUUAUUAUUACCGUUACAGAAGAUAUACAUAUGUAUAGAUUUUUGCUUUUUAAAGAUUUAAUAUAUAUGUGAGUUGAAUUUAGUUUAACAUUUGAAAAUCCAUCACCAUAAUCCCCUUAUCAAUGUAGAUUAGUCUUCUUCUUCUUUUCUUUUGCAUCCAUUUAAACUAAUGGGAGUAGGCCACUGUCAUUCUAAACUUCCACUUGACUCCCAUCUCACAUACAUCAUCUGCUCUCAUAUAACUGUCAAUUACAUCCAACUACCUCUUUUUUAGUCUUCUCUUCACCUCUUUUCGCCUACUUUUAUUUGCAUUAACCAUUCUUACUGCUUUCUUAUCCUUGUGCCAUCCUCAAACCAUCUCAUUCUAUGUUCUCUCAUUUUUCUAUUAUCAAAGUUACGCCUAAGGCAGCAUAGCAACCUAACCAUGGUUUGGUUUGAUUUCAAGUCUUCAAUGUUGUGACUACUUCUAUUCUAUUAUAAAUGGGAUUAAAUUUAUGAGUAUAAUAAAAAGUCAUAAACACGGUUUGUGAUUUUAUGCAUUUGCAUAAUUGAAUUUAAAGGUUCUAAGUUAUACAUAUGUUUCAGAUAAUCCUGAAAUUUAAAUACUCAACAAAUGUUUUCACAUUUCAAAGUUUU